GCAUACGCGGACGCAGCCGGUGCCGUAGCUUCGGGCAGCGUACCUCCAGCACCAGCACUUCCACCUCCAGUCCACGCAGCUGCAACAAUCUCUCCCCCAAUCCACGCAAUCCCCGCACCUCCAGCGCUCCCACCACCCGCACCUCCAGCAGCACCCCCAGCACCAGCAGCCGCAGCAACCCAAGCAGCCCCAUCAGCGCCAGUUACAGUGGUACCACCAGAGUCUCCGUGGUGGUGGCAGCAGGAGGCAGCUCCUGCAUCUAGCGCCAACCAGCCCGAGGCGCAAACGCAAGAGGGCCAUGGUCCUGAGACACCAGCAGCCCUGGCCAUGAGCCAGGAGCAG